AUGUAAAUAUACUAUGAAUAAUUUAGCUGAUUCAAGUAAAUCCACAUAUAAUUUUGACGAUGAAGAUGAGCUGUUUAAUGAUUCCUCAUUUCGGGCAAAUUUUGAUAAUUCAUCCUUUAGAGAAAAUCCAACAACUUUUGAUAAUCGCGCGAAAAGUCCUCAUAAUACAAGCGAACUAAACGUUAGUGCACUUUGUUGCGAUGAGGAACUUAAUGGAUAUGACAAGCUCACAGGCAAGACAUGGAUAUACCCCACCAAUUAUCCUGUUAGAAAUUACCAGUUCAAUAUUAUUAAAGCUGCCAUUUUACAAAAUACUCUUGUGAGUCUACCAACAGGGUUGGGAAAGACAUUCAUAGCAGCUGUAAUUAUGUACAACUUCUACAGGUGGUAUCCACUUGGGAAGAUCAUAUUCACAGCUCCGACCAGACCUCUUGUUGCUCAACAGAUAGAUGCAUGCUAUAACAUCAUUGCUAUUCCUCCUAAUGAUACUAUAGAGAUGACAGGACAUAUGCAAGUAAAUACAAGAAAAAUACACUGGCAAAAUAAAAGGGUGUUUUUUGCUACACCACAAGUUAUUUACAAUGAUAUCAAGUCUGGAAUAUGCCCUGGGGAUAAAAUUCGAUGCCUUGUCAUUGAUGAAGCGCACAAAGCAAGGGGGAAUUAUGCUUAUUGCCAGAUAGUGUCCACACUCACUGAUAUGGGACACAGGACAUACAGAAUGCUGGCUUUGUCCGCCACGCCAGGUAGCAGAGUGGAUGAUGUAGUUAAUGUGGUGAAGAAUCUCCACAUAGCGCACCUGGAGUUAAGAUCUGAGAACUGUAUAGAUGUGGCCCCGUAUAGCCACUCCCGCAAAAUAAACACUGUUGUUAUCAAUCUUGGACCACAAUUAUCUCACCUACGUCAACAAUAUAUUGAGAUUAUAGAUGGAUAUGCUCGUAGAUUGAAGCAACUCAAUAUACUCUCUCAAAAUUUUGGCAACAUGUCUAAAGGUAGAGUAGUUAUGCUGUAUAAAGAAUAUCAAAGCAAGGAACGAGGCCAAAGGCAUCCGCAACACAACAACAUCAUGAAAGACUUCACACUACUAAUCACUCUGUACCACGGUCUGGAGUUACUCAUCAAACACGGUUCUAGAGUGUUCUUAAACUUUUUCGAUGAACACCCAGAGAAGUCGUGGAUGCAGAACGACGAUCGCCUCACGAUGCUACUCGAGAGACUACGGGACGAUCUUGGGGUCAAUCCAUUGUCAUUAGACAGAAGUAUAUUACCUGAUGGGACAAUACCUGAGUUACCAAAGAACUUAUGCUUCGGACAUCCCAAAUUUGACAAGUUGAAAGAAAUAAUGAUAGAACACUUCACUAAAGCCAAACAAAAUGGACAUGAUACUAGGGCUAUAGUUUUCUGUGAAUAUCGAGAAAGUGUGAAUUUAGUACACUGUUUAUUACUGCAGUGUCGGCCGCUCAUUGUGCCUCAGAUGUUCGUGGGACAAGGUUCAUCUGGUAAGGAAGUCGCAAACAAUGCGGGCGUAGGCGGCGGCGUGUCGCAGCGACAACAGUUGCGCGUGAUGCGAGCGUUCGUGGCGGGCGCCUGCAACGCGCUCGUGGCCACCUGCGUCGCAGAGGAGGGACUCGACGUCGGCUCCGUAGACCUCAUCCUCUGCUUCGACAUAUCCUCGCGGUCACCCGUCCGGCUCGUGCAGCGGUGCGGACGAACAGGAAGAGAGCGCGGUGGACAAGUGUAUAUUCUAGUCACUGAGGGAAGAGAACAUCAGACAUUGAUAGAUUGCAUGCGACAAAGAGACGGGCUCAACACGAAGAUAUUACAGUCUAAAGAAGUGGAGAACAGCUUAUACAAGAACAACCCCCGAAUGAUCCCGAGAGACUUCACGCCGCAGUGCCAAAAGAUGUUCAUCACAGUCGCAAAAAAGAACGACCCGAAAGAUAAAAACAAAGAUGCGAUCGAGAAAUCAAAAAAGGGUCAAAAAGACCUUCGCAGUAUGCUGUUAGGGGCGUCAUCUUCUGUCAGUUCCAGUACAUCUAAUAUGAUCACCAAAGAAGAGUUCAAUGAACAGUAUCCAGAUGGUUACUGUGAUACGUCGUUACUAGCUGAACAUAAAGAAUAUUGGACUAUGAACAAAGAUCAAAUAAACAAGGAAGUUAGGGACAAAGAGAAAGAUUUAAAACUUCACACUUGGCUCGAGUGGCAGAGAACCUUACAGAAGACUAUUAAUAUUGAACAUUCGAAGGACAGUGAAAUCCUAGCAUCUCUUCUUCAAUACAGCGAUGCAAGAAGAUUUGAAUUGCCACCUUCAACUCAAAAUCCAAACUUUUAUACACAGGACACGGUCAACCAAAAUGUCAUGAUGCCAUCGCCAGCUAAAUUGAGACAAAUUAAGAAAAAAACGAAAAAUGUUUCUAUAAAAUCGCCGUGCAAAAAAGAUGGUGAUAUAAGAGCUCUUUUCAGUACCGCAACUAAAUCAACUAAGAGUUAUACUAAACUAAUAAACGACCUAGGAAUUCAGAAUCAUGAAAAUCUCCCUACGCAUCUAAUUAAUUUAUUAGUCGAUUUGAGUUUAGAUAACACAAGCAAUACUAAAGAGUGUUAUAUGUGUCUUAGUAUGUGUAAUUGUAAUAUUAUAAAAGAGAUUAAAACACAUAGGAGAAAGCCAGCCAUUUCAUUAGGAUUUUUGACAGACACUAAAUUUCCCGACCUAGAAUUGAUAGAUGACAUUAAUGCAAACUCCCUGUUGGAAUAUAGGAAAAAAGCCGACAAAAGUAAAGAAACAAUUGAUCCCUUUAAUAAUGAUGACAAAAAGAUCAUAAAUAAUUUUGAUUUGGAAUUAGAUUUUAGUUUACAAGAUCCAUGCGAGCCUAGCACAGUAACAAUUACACCAGAAAUGUUUAUUAGUAAAUCAGAAUCGCAUAAUAAUUGUAAUUUUGAACAGAAUAUUAUUUUAAAAUCUACACAUGUAAUAUCACCAGAAAAUAGUAAUAAAAUUCUAGAUAACAACUUCGAAAUUGGAGAUCUUGAAGAUAUAUUUGCUGAUAGCCCCGAAGAUAUUGAAAUUAAAAUACACGAUGAAAGGAAUCAAAAUCGUGAUAGCGACAAUAAAUCGAAAGCCGAAGAAGUAUUAAGCUUCUUCGGGCUUGAUAGCGUUGAAGAUAUAUUUGCAGAUUCAGAUAGCAGCGAAAUUGAAAUUGUCACAGUUAAAAAAAAUGAAGACGAAGUGGCAUAUAAUGAAAAUGUCAAGGAAGUUCAAGGUACAACAAUAGAUGACCCUGGAAGUCCUUCUAUUUUAUCCGGUACAUUAAGACUAACAGUCCCUACUUCGCCAAUUCUUUGUAGUCAAUCGAGUAAGUUUAACUUAAGUAUUAAGAGAAACGCCAAUGCAAAAGCACGUACUAGCCAUAAUAGGACUCAAGAUGAAGACAAUAAAUGCCAAUCAGUAAGGAAAUUAAAUCUAUCGCCAAGUAUAGUAGAUACAAGCAACAAAAGCAUGUAUACCAUUACACAACUUGUAGAAAUGAUAAAUAAAUCGGAUAAUGAACAUUCUGUUAUUUCUAAAUCUGUAAGUGAAUUGGAAAAUCUUUCAAAGACAAAUGAAAUUAAUAAGUCCCCUAUACUUUUGACACAAGCCGAUAGGAAAAAAAAAUUGAAUACGUCGAACAUAAAUUUAUCAUCUUCGUCACAUAAUGAGAUUAAAGAAAGUCUUAUAAUAUUAGAUAGUGAAAGUGAUUCUUCUGAUACAAUCGUGUAUGAUGCAGAUGUCGGAACAAGUCAAAAUUUACCUAUAGUCAAUAAUGAAAGUAAGCUGAAUGAAACUAAUUUCUCUACUAGUAGUAAAAGGAAAUUAGAUUUCGAAAAUGAAAAUAUUACAACUUCGUCACCAUAUUUUAACAAAAAACAAAAGCUCAAUAAUAAUAUUGGUAAACCAAUGACAUUGCAAGAAAAAGUAUUAGCGUCUUUAACGUCGAAUAAAAUGGAAAAUAAUUACUUUUUUGAAAAUAAUAACAGUACCAUUAAUUUCGUGUUAUCGCCACAGAAAGAAAAUCAACAUCCCCAAGAACCAUUCAAAAAACCAUCAUUGUACAAAAGUGACGUCAGCAAAGAUUAUACUAAAAGAAACAAUUUAGAAAUGUUACAAAUAUUUAAACGUGACAAAAAAGUGAAAAGUCCUUUAGCUACAUCUAAUAGAAUUGAAACUAAUGGAUUUACCCAAUGGAAACACAAAAGAAGACUAUCGUUUGAUGACAGUGACGAUGAUUUCAUUGACGACAAAAAGUGUAGUAAAAAUGAAAAAACCGUAAAUGAUGAAGUUCGACGAAUACCUGCAACUUGGAAACAAAUGACCGGCGAUGCAGUCAAACCUACAACUAAUCAUAAAUUUAGAAAAAAAAAGAAGAAACAAAGUGAAUUUUUAGAGCUAGAAGCAGAGUUAUCUGAGUGCAGCGCAGAUAGCGGUGACGAACUUUCAGACGACAGCGCGGGCAGUAUUGUCGAUUUUAUUUGCGACGACAAUGCUGGCCACGACAACAAUCACUCAGCUAUGCACGCCCAUUAUUUGCAAUCUGUUAGGAGUCCUGUGAAAGGAAUGUUCAAAAUACCGCAUUUACCGAAAAAAUAUGACCAACAAGAAAUAUUUUCUCAAUUUGUAGACGAAGAUUCAUAUGAGAUGGACAGUUUUUGUGUUGACUCGCAUAUUGGGCUAACUCAAGCCAAUGAGAUAUCAGAAUUAGAGGUGGCAGAGAACAUUCUAGAGGCGAAAAGGAGAGCGAAAAAGUAUCGCAAAAUCAUGACGCAGGACAACGGGGACAGUCCGGUAGUCGGACGUAAAAACAGACUUGCUAGACAAAUACAAAGCGAUUCUGAAGACAGCAGUUAACAAAAUUAUAGUUAGUCGUCGAUGUCUAGCUGGUCUGGGCAUCUAAACCUGUGAUAUUAAUCAUAUUGUGUAUACAGUCGGGUGCUCCAUCGUUUAAUAUGUUAAUAUUUAUUUGACAAUAAUAAUGUAAUAGAUCUUAGAAUUUAAUUUAUUUAAAAUGUAUACUGAUAAUAAUAUUUCAUCGAUCAUGUAUUGCGUAAAAGAUAAUAUGAUUAUGUACAAAAUAACACAGUGCCAUUAUUGGUAAUUUGUCAUUUAUUAUUCCCAAAACAUUCAAUACAUGUUAAUUUUAUUUCAAGGAACCAUACAAAUACAACAAUGAUUCAUUAUAAGUAUGAAUGUGAUGAUCUCUACAGGUAUGAAGUUAUGAACAAUUGUAUAUAAUAUACCACAUAAAUGAAUUGUCCAUAGCUUCAUAUCCGUGGUAUUUUUGUUAAUGAUAUGUAAACUAAACCACAGUAUAAUUAACAGUAAUUUGUUGGCAUUUUUUAAAAUAAAA